CAGAUUAACACCCCACCUCCUGCGCCUGCAAAUUGUCCCCUCACACCCUGCGGACACCGCCGAUUCAAUCCCACUCACCUACUCAUCCAACUCCCCCCUCAAAUCCAGCACAAUGGCCCGCCAUCCCACCGGCUUCGACAUCAACGAAUUCAAGCGCGCCGCCCACCCCCAGUCAGUUUGGGCCAAGCAAGACCCUUGGGCUCGCUAUGAGACCUGGCGCUACACCGGCCCCUUCAGCCGCUUCAACCGCUUCAAGACCCUCUUCCCGGGUCUCGGCAUCGCGACCGUCGCGUUCGCAGGAUACUGCGCCUACGAGGCUGUCUUUCUCAAGGAUGAGCAUCACGGUCACCACGGCGAGAAGCACCAUUAAAGUUCCAGACGGAAUGGACAGCUAGGCUCCUGAGUUCAGUUGGGCUAGGAGAUCGAGGUGGGUUGGCCUGGGGUAAUCGCCGAUGAGAAUGUGGAACUGGUCGAUUCGAGAUGCAGAUGCAUGCGGACGACGUACAGAAUACUUGCCUG